CACGCUCCGCCUCCGUCCGGACAACACCGCGACCCUUACCAUGGCUUGCAUCGCUUCCCUCAACGUGUCCGCCGCCUUCGGCAAGAAGAAGGCCGCGCCGGUGAAGAAGACCGCGCCGAAGAAGAAGUCCGCGCCCGCGAAGCGCGGCGCGUCUUCCGGCGCGCGCAAGGGCAACAUCGGACCCAACCGCACGCUGUGGAACGGCUGGGAGUCCAACCCGGAGCCGCCCGCGUACCUCGACGGCACGCUCCCGGGCGACGCGGGCUUCGACCCGUUCGGGCUCUCCAAGCCGGUCGAGUACCUUCAGUUCGACCUCGACGCGCUCAACCAGAGCGCGGCGAUCAACCCGAGCGGGAACGUGAUCGGCAAGCUCAAGAAGGUGGACAACAAGCCGACGGAGCGCACCAUCGUGCCGUUCAACGAGGCGUUCGACAUCGUCCGCUUCCGCGAGUGCGAGCUCCAGCACUCCCGCUGGGCGAUGCUCGGCCUCGUCGGCGCGGUCGUCGCGGAGUCCGAGACUGGCAUCUCCUGGGUCGACGCGGGCAAGGUUCUGAACGAGCAGCCGCAGUACCUCGGCUUCGACAUCAACGUCCCGGUCACGACGCUCGUGUGGAUCGAGGUGCUGACGAUGGGCUUCGCGGAGGUGAAGCGCUCGUCCGAGCUCGACUCCAACAAGCGCUGCUACCCGGGCGGCUACUUCGAUCCCCUCGGCCUCGCGGCGUCCGCGGACGCCGAGGCGCUGUUCAAGCUCCAAACCGCGGAGCUCAAGCACGGCCGCCUCGCGAUGAUCGGCAUGCUCGGCAUCGCCUCCCAGGCGGCGAAGAACGGCCUCUCCCCGCUCGAGGCGCUCACCGGCGGUCAGUAAACGAAGAAAGUCUCAUUCGUGGCAUUAAUUUGGCUGCUUAGUGGUGGGUGUAGAGUGGCGUCGAGGUAGAGGGUGUAUUCGCGCGCGUCGCCGCGUCGGCGCGAGGACGGACGGACGGACGACGCGCGAAGAGAUCAUUUGAUGAUUCAGUUAACGUCGUCGAUCGAUUAAAGUUGAGAUGGAAAAGCAGACGACAGACGAC